AUAAUCACGUUUUUGAUCAACACUUUUCUUGUGACUCUUUGUUUACAUUAUAUUCCCAAUCAAAAGUAAACACCUUUUUCUCAAGGCCUUGCUUUCCCAUCGGCUACAUUCCGACUCCUCUAGAAUCCAGACCUAAAGGCUAAUUUAUCUACGUGAGAGACGGACUGAAAAUGUGCAAAAGCUCUCUGCCAAAUGUGCUCUAGUUCAAAAACUUAAAAGGCCCCAGCUGCAUCCACCGAUGAAUCAACAAGUCAAUAUCUACCAUGAGCGUCAGUGCAAAGAGCUGUGCGCCCUGCACGCCCUAAACAACAUUUUCCAGAAAAAGAACGCUUUCAAACAAUGCGACCUGGACGCUAUUUGCAAUUCCUUGGCCCCCAAGGCGUGGGUAAAUCCACACAAAUCUUUUCUCGGACUCGGCAACUAUGACAUCAACGUGCUCAGCACAGCUCUCCAAAGGGUUGGACAUGAAGCGGUGUGGUUCGACAAGAGAAAGAGUCCGAGCUGCCUGAACAUGAACCAAGUUUUUGGUCUUAUUCUCAACAUUGCCAACGAAACCAAAUUUGGUCCAAUUUCACUGCCCUUGAAUCGACGACACUGGUUUGCCAUUAAAGAAAUUAAUGGGGACUUCUACAAUCUAGACUCAAAAUUGGAGGAACCCCUAUUAAUUGGAAAGGAAGCAGAGCUCAUUAUCUACCUCAAGGAUCAACUAAGUGUAGCUGACAAAUUGCUUUUUGUGAUUGUGAGAAAAGAGGUGGCAGAAAACCAAAGCUGGCUCAAAUCAAGUGAUACAAUAAGAACGUGAAUGUGAAUAAUGUUAUUGUUUCUAAAAGCAAAAAAAUUGCGUUUGUUCUUUAUGUCUUGUUGAUGAAUUCCAGGUCUGGUUUUUCCAGUGUUGUUAAGCUUGCGAGCUUUGAUAACUUUUGAUAUUGUUGAGAGUAGCUAAAUGCUGGGUUUAUUUUUUUAAGGUUUGAUGUUUGAAGAAAAGGAUUUUUAAAAGAUUGAACUGCACUGUAAUUUAUAUUUGAUUGCAUAUCUGAUACCAAAAUAAUAAUUGUUACUAAAAUGCCAUCAUUAAAAUAAAUGCGUUGUACAAAU